AUGUCUUUCGCUAAAAUUGCCGCCAUUAUUGCCGCCGCCGCCGCUAUUGCCAAGGCUGAUAGAGAAGCCGCCAUGAUUUCCAUGGAAGUCUACAUGAACGAUAUUGGUUCUCAUAUGAAAGACUACCUUUCUAUGGAAAAGGCUCACCCAGAACAAUCUAUUCCACCUGGUGUUUUGUCUGCUUACGCUGCUAAGUUAACUGACAAGACUGACUCUUACACCAGUUUCUUUGCUGACAUUGGUGAUGAACAAAUUCACUACAUGAUCACUGGUGUUCCAUGGUACUCUACCAGAUUAGCUCCAGCUAUCUCUCAAGCUUUAGAAGCUGCUGGUUUAGGUGAAGCUGCUCCAGCUACCUCUUCUUCCAAGGCUGUUGAAACCACUUCUUCCAAGGCUGUUGAAACCACUUCUUCCAAGGCUGUUGAAACCACUUCUUCCAAGGCUGUUGAAACCACUUCUUCCAAGGCUGUUGAAACCUCUUCUUCCAAGGCUGUUGAAACCUCUUCUUCCAAGGCUGUUGAAACCUCUUCUUCCAAGGCUGUUGAAACCUCUUCUUCCAAGGCUGUUGAAACCUCUUCUUCCAAGGCUGUUAGAAACCUCUUCUUACCAAGGCUGCUGAAACCUCUUCCAAGACUGAAGAAUCUUCCAAGACCACUGAAGCCACUACCAAGGUUGAAUCUACUACUGCUACUCCAGAUGCUAAGACCACCCAAACUACUGUUGAUGCUAUCUCUCAAAUCACUGAUGGUCAAAUUCAAGCUACCGUUGAACAACAAACUGAAAACGGUGCUGUUAGAGCUGCUGCCGGUUUAG